CGGGACCCCGCGCCGCGACCCCGCUCCGCGCCGGCCCCCGGUCCCCGGCCCGGCCGCUCUCGGGGCGGAGCGCAGGCAGGUGCAGGGAGGAGGAGAGCGGUCCCCAUGUCCCCACUGCCCCGCUGGAGGAGGGGAGGCUGAGAAAACGCUCUGACAGAUCCUUCUGAGCGUCGUGGUGAAGCUCAGGACACAGCUGCACUGUGACCAGGCGACACCGACGCUGUCCUGCUGCCUGCUGGGCCACAUCCCUGCCCCAUUGCCAGCACUGCCGCCGUCCCCUUUGUCCCCUGCCAAUGCCAGCGGGUAGAGGCUCUGUGCUCCAUCUCUGCACUGCUGUCCCAGGCGUGGGGCUGAGCUGCAGGCCCCGCUUUUUCCCUCCUGACCGCGGCCAUGGGGGCUGCUCUCUCCACCGGCGCAAUCGUGGCAAUUUCUUUUAACUGUGUCAUCGCGUUGCUCAUCCUCAUCCUCUUCUUCAUCCUCUGCAAGGCCUGCAGGACCCCCUCGUGUCCCGAGAAGAGCCCAGCUACUGAAGUGGAUGAAGUAAAGAAUGAAGAGAAGUACCUGCUGCAGCCCUGAGCUGCCUGGGGACUUGGGUACCUGUCUGUGCCGAAGGAGUUGCUCCAGCCUGAAUGCCUGUGCCAGGACUGAGGUGCUGGACUGGGCAUGAUGGGAGCCGAGAUGAUGCCGAGCUGCUUGCAGGGCAUGUGAUGCCAGGCACAGCCCUUUACCUGUGUGGUUUUGGUGUGUGAAGUCCCUACGGAUGCCCACAGUGACCACAGGGAAGGAGCAACAGCGACUGGGGAUAUGCUAUGGGGAUAAUCCUUCCUGUCCCAGCAGCCAGCGAGCGUGGCAGGAGCCCUGCCCACAAGCACACUCCAUGUUUGGGGAUAGCCUGUGGGCUCCUCCUGGCGUUCAUGGCCUGGGACAGUGGUCACUGUGACACAGACCUGAGCAGGGCUGGUUAGGGGUUCAGGGAGGGGAGGCAGCAGGGCUGGCAUGGGUGCCUGUCUCUGGGCAGGCUGGCCACCCCAUGGGGGGACGUGCCUGGGGGAUCCCAGCAGCCCUGGCCCCACUGGCAGAGCAAGGUGUUACUGGUCUGAGUGUGUUACAGGGUGGCCCUGGGGUGCUGUGUGCCCCAUGCCUCAGGAGGGCACUUGGCACCCACCUGCCCAGCAGCCAGUUUCAUGAGCCACGAGAGAGUUUGCAUGGUCUAUCUGUUCAUCCCUGGCCUGUCAGUCAGUCCCUUCUGGCAUUAGCACCAACCCUGCAAGGGAAGUGGCCCUCCUCCUCACUGACCCUGCUUGCCCUCCUGUCUGCUCCCAGCUGAGGCUGACAGACGUGUCCUUAUUGGCAUCCCCAUUGCCACUGACAGCAGCCUGGGAUGAGUUUUUGCUGGGGAGCUGGGAGACAUGGGGAGAUGAGGCUGCCCAGACAAACAGCAUUGAAGGGUCUUCUAGCCUCAACACUCCUCGGGGACCACAGUGGCUCUGUGGGGAGUGAAGGUGGUAUGGCUUGUCCUCAGCCCUGGCAGCUGCAUGUCUCUGCCCUGCCUGCAGGUGCAGUGAGUUUUGGAGGGCUUUGCCCUGCCUGUCCUAGAGCAGAGCCAUUGCCAAGGUCCCUGCUGGCACAGCUGCUGCAAUAAGGGGACAGAGGGGUGGGCUGUGCUGGGAGGCACACAGGCCAGGGUCCCUGCGCCCGUGGUUCCUCCCCACGUCAGGUGUAGCUUACACAUCCCUCUGCAGCGUUGUUUUUACUAGACUAAUAAACCGAUCGUAG